GGUUAGCGGUUAGUGGCUAGUGCCCACUAUAAAUUUUGAAUCCAGAAAAGGACACCAACACGUGAUAUCAAACAUCUCCCCUUUGUUUGUUUCUUUCCCCCUUCAACUCCAUCCGGGAACAUACAUACAAACUCAAUCAUUAAGUAGGACAAACGCCAAUUGACGGUACCACGCAUGACGAUGAUGGAAUGCCAAUAACAUACAGCUACAAUACUUUAUUUUAUUCAUUUGGUCCUCAUAAUUAGGGCUCUUCCCGUUUCCUGUGUUCGCUUCUAAGUCUAUUUAGAAAGUAGAGUCCGACAAACGGAAAGGGGGUGUUAAUCAACACCAAGGAAGGAUAUUGAUAGCAACCAGACACAUACAGACACACACUCAAAAUGCCGGGCUCCAUUCAACAAGACGGCACUGCGCCGGACUCCUUCAUCAGCGCCGACGACGGACGUCGAUACUGGGCCGGCAUUGAUGCCGAUGUCAACGGCAUGCUAGGCGGAUUUCCUAGUGUGUCGCGCGUGGAUCUCAGAGGCUCUAGGAGCUUCCUUGCGAAACUUGGGUUAGGCCGUGUGAGGGGAGAGAAAUCUGUACGGAGGGCACUGGAGGGCGGUGCUGGAAUCGGCCGCAUAACACAAGGCCUACUCGUCGAAAUAGCCGAAGUAGUAGAUAUCGUCGAGCCGAUCGCCAAAUUCACUUCCGCGCUUGAGGGCCAAGAAGGCGUGGGCCGGAUCUACAAUGUCGGGCUUGAGGAAUGGAGACCCUCGGAUGAGUCUUCACCCGUUGAGUAUGACCUCAUUUGGAACCAGUGGUGUCUGGGCCAUUUAACAGACCGCCAGCUCGAGGAGUACUUGAGGCGGUGCGCGGAUGUGUUGAGUGAGGAUGAGGAUGGGAAGACUAGGGGUGUUAUUGUGGUCAAGGAGAAUAUGAGUACCAUGGGACAGGAUUUGUUUGAUGAGGAGGAUAGUAGUGUUACAAGGAUGGAUGAAUCGUUUAGGAAGAUUUUUGACGAAGCGGGAUUGCGCAUUGUCAAGACGGAGCUGCAGCAUGGAUUUCCCAGCGAGCUAUACCCCGUACGCAUGUACGCGCUCAAGCCGAAAGAUAGUUAGAUAAUGCUUCAUUCAAAAACGAAUAUAAAUGAUUGAUACCCUCACUUUCCAUUGACUCUAGCGAUACUGGUUCUAUUCAUGUUAUUUUGAAUUGUCUCCAUC